UAGUUAUGGUUUGCAAUAUAUGCAUGGAAACAAAUUCAGGUUUUACAUUGAUAGGAGCAGAAGCUUCAUCAGCUUGUCAUAUGGCACCAAGGACUGAAAAUGCCGACCAGAUCGCUGGUGGAAUAACGGCUGUCAAUGUUCCGCCAGUUAGCGAUGGGUUAACUGGCAGUAUAGAGAAGAAGAAAAGAGGUAGGCCUAGGAAAUAUGGACCGGAUGGGACAAUGACAAGGGCAUUGUCACCUAUGCAUAUUUUGUCCUCUAUCCUGUCGGUUUCGGGUGAGUUCUCAAGUGGUGGAAAGCAGGGGAGAGGCCGAGGCAGUGGUUAUCAGAUUAAACAUCAUAAGGGAAUGGACAUGGAAAACUUAGGUAAUGAAGGUCACCCUUUCGAAGAAAGUUUGUUUCUUUUAGUUCAGGUUUUUGCA